AUGCCCGCUAUUCAAAGCUUAACGAUGGUAUACGACGCGCUGAAUGAGGACGGGACGUUCUCCGAGGGGGACCCGCUCACUGGGAAAGUAACGCUGGCCUUGGAAAAGCCCACGGCCAUCCAGAGCUUCUUCGUCAAAGUGAAGGGGGACGCUCAAGUGCGCUGGACGACGAGGAGUGGAAACCACAAUCACACGCACUCGGCACGCCGCAGAUACUUCAAACUCAAGCACUUUUUCUCCGAGGAAAGCGCCACCGAGACUGUACUUCCCCAAGGUGUCCAUGUGUAUAACUUCAGCUUUACCUUACCGUCAGUGAGCAUGCCUUCAAGCUUCAGGGGCACCUAUGGAAAGAUUGUCUACAUGCUUGAAGCCAAGUUGUCUAGAAGUUGGAAAGUGGACAAGACUGUUGAAAGAGUGAUCGUUUUUCACUCAAAGUCCUUCCCAAAUCUGCAAUCUCUGAUGUUACGGCAAGUUGCUGUAAAAGACAAAGAGUUGGGGAUUUUCUCAAGUGGAAAAGUGCACAUGGAAGUCACUGUUGAUAGGACAGCGUACGCCCCAGGAGAAACCGCCAUGGUUGUUGCCAAAAUCAACAACAACUCAUCCAGUGACAUGAUUCCCAAAGUGCGUUUAUCCCAGGUGAUUGUAUACACUGCCAGCAGUAGUACCAAACAUGAAAACGGCACUAUCAGCAAACUCGUCGGACAUAAUAUUAGACCCCACUCAGAGGAGGAGGUCAGGUGGGAAGUGAAAAUUCCCAUCAAUAUGCAGCCAGCCAUCAAAAACUGCGAAAUCAUCUCAGUGGACUAUUACUUAAAGGUAUAUCUGGACAUCAGUUUUGCCUUUGACCCUGAAGUGACGUUCCCAGUUAUCAUCAUACCACGGAACCUCGCCUCUGUUGGUCAGCCUGCCGUUUCUGGGAUUGGCUGGGGCCAACAAAACAGUGACUUCCACGCCGGCGCAGCCAGUGCCCCUUUUUAUCCCCCUUCGCCAAACAGAUACCAAGAAGUGUCUGGUUUCAAGAUCCGAAACAAGCUGCUCGGCAUGGGCUGGAAAAUAACCAUGCUGGUUUUAAGCUCUUUGGCUCUCGUCCUUGGAACCAUCAUUCUUAUUUUCAACGUUUACUCCAAUAGAAGGAAGAAGGUGGUGUGUGUUUUGAAGUCGUACACUCCAAGACAAGAUCAGGGCAUUCCGGGGUCCCCCGUGCCCAGUGAGAGAGCCCCACUAACGGAGCAUGCCAUGCGCCAGCCACUCUCCUCACCUACAAUGCAGCGAGGAGAAAUUCUGAUUGAGUGGAAAGAUGGCACUGUGACACCACUGUAUGAGGCCUAA